AUGGCGCCCCAGGAGCUACGCUCCUAUCUUCUCACAUUUGGCUUCACCAAUUCAAUUGCAGAUACGUCAUUGUUCACAAGAAAAAAUGGUCGAGAUGUCGUCUACAUCCACAAUAUGCUCAUCAAUGGUAACAACAACGCUUUCCUCACGAGUUUUAUUGCUCAUCUUGAUGCUCGUUUCUCUCUCAAGGAUCUUGGUGAAAUGAGUUAUUUCUUGGGCAUUGAAGCCACUCGCACCUCUAAAGGCCUCCAUCUAAUGCAAAAAUGUUAUAUCCUUGAUCUCCAUGCCAAGACAAACAUUUUACAUGCCCGACCUGUCUCCACGCCCAUGGCUCCGAUGCCGAAGCUCGCGCUGACCUCUGGUACACCGCUUGCAAAACCGACCGAGUAUCGUGUUGUACUAGGGAGCCUUUAG